CGUCGCCUCGCGCCUGCGAGUACGAACAGGUUGGCGAGCGCGCGAGCGCGAGUGCGUAACGAGGGCGCGUGCCUUGCGUGUUCUCGGGUAGCGAUCGGGCGCGAUUGUGCGCGGUGGUGUGCGGUCUCGCGGUCGCGGUAGUCUCCGGUCGGAGGAAGCGAGAGCGAUCGUCGUCGUCGUCGUCGCCGCCGCCGACCUCGGCGGGAAGAAGGGAGGGCAGGGUAGGGCGACAAGAUGGCGGGCUCCCUAACGUGGUCGUGUACUUGUUGCCUCCGGUUCAAGUUCAGCCCGGAGGAGAUCGAGCAGCGGUACAAGAGCCAGGAGAUCGACCGCAUGCUCGAGAAGGACCGCCAGGCUUUUCGCAGGCAGGUCAAGCUCCUCCUCCUCGGCGCCGGCGAGAGCGGCAAGUCCACCUUCCUCAAGCAGAUGCGGAUUAUACAUGGGAUUAAGUUCGAGCCGGAGUUGAUCAAGGAGUACCAGCACGUAAUCUACCAGAAUAUUAUCAAGGGAAUGAAGGUCUUGGUAGAUGCUCGAGACAAGCUGAACAUUCCCUGGGAGAAUCCUAAGAACUACGACAUUGGCUAUCAGCUGCUUAAGUUUGAGAACACGAUGAUUUUGGAUGCUAGGCUGUUUCUUCACUACGUACCAGCACUUCAAAGCUUAUGGAAGGAUGCAUCCAUUAAAAGGGCCUUCGACAGGCGGAGAGAAUUUCAGCUGAGUGACUCGGUGCAGUACUUUCUGGACAGCCUCGAUAGGAUUGCCAAAGUGGAUUACAUGCCAACGCACCAGGACAUCCUGCACUGCAGGAAGGCUACGAAAGGCAUCUCAGAGUUUGUUAUCCCGAUUAAUAACAUCCCAUUCCUCUUCGUCGACGUCGGUGGUCAGAGAUCCCAAAGGCAAAAGUGGUAUCAGUGCUUCGACUGCGUAACUUCGAUACUCUUUCUCGUCUCGUCGUCCGAGUUCGAUCAAGUUUUGUUGGAAGACAGGAGGACCAAUAGAUUGGAGGAGUCGCGAAAUAUUUUUGACACGAUCGUGAACAACAUGAUCUUUGGCGGCGUCUCUAUCAUACUGUUUCUUAACAAAACCGACCUUCUGGACAAGAAGGUCAGAUCACCGGACACGAACGUUCGCUGGUACUUCCCGCAAUUCACUGGCGAUUCACAUUCCAUGAAAGACGUGCAGAACUUUAUAUUGGACAUGUUCGUGUCUGUGAAAAGGGACCCGAGAAAGCCGCUGUUCCACCAUUUCACGACCGCCGUGGACACCGAGAACAUAAAGGUAGUGUUCAACGCGGUCAAGGACACGAUUUUACAUCGUAACCUGGAAUCGCUCAUGCUACAAUAAUUGCCGAGAGAAAAUCGGCGACCGGUAAGGCUCUCGAAACCGGCUGAAGCUUUAAGACGUCCCACGAACGAAGGUCUUCGGUUCUAAUUACACUUAAACCUCAGUCGAGACCGCGUACCGAGGCAAGGUAACGAGUAAAUGCCGUAUCCAAAAUGUAAUGUCUGUACAUUUCGGUGCGUUUCGAGUGCGAGGAUCUUUGGAUUAAACAAUUUUCCAUGCGAAAAUCGUUCGUGGCACGUUUGAGACUUCGAGAUGAUCGACUGGUACACAAAGUACCUAACCGAUCCCGACUGCUUUCGCGCGCCAUGCGAGAGGAGAGCCAAUUUUGUAGUGUUUUUUUCUACGAAUAGCGUAAAUACUGGUUUAACGAAGUGAGAUUCACGUAAGAGGAAACGUAUUUAUGAAUAUUCACGGGCGAUAUUUAUCCUCCGUCGCUACUUACACACUGAGCAAGUAGUGUACUAAGAGAGGAGGAAGAGACUCAGUUAGGUCACGAAGAGAGAGAGAGAGAGAGAAAAAAAAACUGCCUAAUGCGAUGAAUUUAGAAUUGGAAUUUUUGAUUUUAUAUACACACUCGUCGUAAUGGUAUACUUCCAAGCCCCCUCCAAGCAUUUUGAUAUAAACUUAUUGACGAACGAGAGGUCUAAGCUAUGGUAUAUAUAUAUAUAUAUACAGUGUAAAUAGCGACUAGUAUUUUGUACGUUGUCGAUUCAUUGUCAACGACGGUGGAUCUAUAUAUUUAUAUAAAAAGGUGAUUCGCGAUCCAAGACCGCCGUGGCUUGGACUCUUAUAUUUUGUACAGAUAUUCGGUACAAUGCUGCUCUCUUGACGUUACGAUACGUAAAGUUGUACGCUGGUCCGCUUGCCAGAGUGGAGGGGCGAGCGGCUAAUUUAUUUCUUACUUAGGGCUAAUUAUAUCUCGGUUAACGUCGGAUACAUUAAGUAACAAGGAAACCAAAUAGUAGAUCCAUGCCAUACAAACCAAAUGAAACUAACCAGUUUGUGUUCAAAUUGCCGUGGACUAAAUCCCGCGGGAGAAUGUCAUUCCUCGCGUGUGACUACUUCCACGAUACAAAGUCUAAGCUCGACCGUAUAACCGGCAAGUUUCCUGCUAUCGGACUUCCAAGUCUCUCGUCUUUCCAAGCGAUAAGGCUGCCGAUCGCUUCCAAAUUAUUCCGUUUUCUUCUAGCUGCUAUUAGACGUUCUUAUUGGCGAUCGCGGACUCGCCGUUCGUAAAGCGAUCGGGUUAGAAAUUCUGACGAUUAGGUGAGGAUGAGGAUUUUGAUGAGGAUUUUGAUAAAAAAGAAAGAGGACGUUAGACCUCGAUCGGGAGACUUGCCGGAAUGAAAUUGGAGUCCAAUUCCGAGGAUCAAACAAGAUGCCUAAAUCCUUGAUCGGAGACUUUCCUCACGCGUUUCGAGAGUAACAUUAGCUUCUUUUUUAUGACAAUCAGUAUUAAUUACUAUCGAGAGUUUCGCGAUCGUGUGCUUGGACACGUUGUUCUUGGUUUCUUCUGUUAAACGUUGGAGGUUCGUUGCUCGUUUCGGCGGCGCUUUGUCAGAACUACUCGUACUACUGUAUGAAUAUGCAUGCUCCGUUAUAUAUAUAUAUAUACAUACAUAUACAUAUACGUAUCCAUACGCGCGCGCGCAUAUAUCUUCACGUUUCCCCGUUAUCAUCGACCCGCAAUUGUAUUCCGUUUCGCCCGUAAAAAAAGAAGAAAAAAAGAAAGAAUAAUCGCGAUCCGACCUCAAAGAGCUAGGAACGUUCGAAGGAUCCCCAAGCUUGUCUUCCGAGUUUCCUUAGCUAGUUUCAUUCUGUAAAAUCAACCGAUACCGCUGUAAUUGACUGCAUAAACGAUUGCAGUCGUGAUCGAUCGUGACCGACAGUCGAAAGCCAAAGAGUACCAUCUAUUGUUGUGUGAUGAGUCUACGUUCCGUUCGGCGAUUCGUUUCCUUGCAUUUAGUUCGUCACCUCGCGGAGCUAAAUUUUUUUUUUCCUUUUUUUUUAUUGUGAUCGGAAAAUCGUUCCUUCCCGAUCUGUACAUUCCUAAGGAGCUGAUCAGGUCUGGCGUAAUCGAUAUCUUGGGCGUAUCAGUGAUCGCUGUUAAGGGCGAACCACUUCGUAGGGGAGAAUUCGCGGUCGCAUUUUUUUCUCGUCACAAUUUCCCGGGAAAUCUCAAUCGAAUUCCUAUCGAUCGACCCUAUCGAUAUCAAGCGAAGGGCCAACGACCCGCUUUUCGCUCCUCUUCUCCGCUUGUUUUUCUGUUAUCAACGCGAAAUUUUCGACGGCGAUGGUCCUGGCCAUGUACAGGCGUUUACACGCCGACGUGCGCAUAACAAUGUGUAAAUGCAGUCACCCGUGUGUCGCUUUUUGACAGGUUUACACGUGUGAUUAGGAAAAUCGUUAGGACUUAUUACUCGAUUUGAUACCGUACAUAUGCUCGAGCGUUGACCCUAUCGGACGUGCCGAUAACAUAAGUUACUUUUAUCAGCCGCAUACCGAAAUCUCCCACGUGGGAUUUAAAUCUCCGGAUUUGCUUCGCUGAAGUUUCGGGAAGAAAUCGGGACUAAAUGAUCGCGACUUCGAUUACUGACGCCUAGAGAGAAAAAAGGAAAAAAAAUGUAGAAGAAGUCAUCGAAAAGUUCGCUGUGAUACCUGGGCAGCUAUCGACCAUCUCCUGAUUUUAGCGAGGCAUUCCCACGAGAGCGCGUUCGUCUACUUUUGUAGAUCCUAGUUGAAACUACUGUCUACAAUCCGCAACUCGAUUAUUGCCUUAUUAUCAUCAUUAAUUGGAUAAUAAGUAAUCAAUAAUUUCCCGACUUACUGCCAUCGGUUAUUAUAGACUUCUAUAAUGAUCAAUUGAGUAGCGAUCGGCAAUAAGCAUUAGGCGAACAUUCUGACAACUGAACGUGCUAUCAUUUUUGUUUGUAUUUUUUUUUUGUUUUGUUUAAUGGAUCAUUGCUAGAGAAAUACGUCUAUAUUUCCAUUCUGUAAAAAAGGCCUUAAUGUAUUUUAGUUACGGGCUUUAACUUGACGUACGGCAAUAUAACGAUACACUGAUAUAUAUGUAUAUGUGUUUAAUCGAAUAAUCCGCAGAAGAGCUCCGCAUCGUAAAAAGGCGAUUUAAUUGUUCUGAACUCAGAAUUUCUAGAAUUUUAUACUCGGAUUCUACGGGCCGCGUUUUGUAUCUCUUUUCUUGGGGAAUAUAUAUAUAUAUGUGAUCGAUGAACCUUUUUACGAGACGAAGCUCCCACCAUCGGAGAUGAGUACGCCUUGGACAGGCAUGAAACUCGCUAAGUAUUCUAAGUGCACGCCCCAUGUGAUACGACGGACAAAGUUUAUUUUCUGAUGAUAACGAGGUGAAAGAAAAAGAAGGGGAAAAAAAACAAAGUUGGGUCGGCGAUCAGUGCUUUAUCGUAAAAAGGCGUACCGGACUAAAAUUGCACGAGCAUUUUAGAUUUUAAUAUAUAUAUAUAUAUCAUGUCUUUCCAGGGUGUGCACCUAUCGUGUAUAGCUACAUCCAUUUCAGAGAGACGGGACACUUUCUCUCCUUUCUAUUUCUGUUUUUCCUUCCUUUUCCUUUUCCUUACCGAAUACGGCGUAUACUUCCUUUCGUUAAUGUUGGACAAGCGAUAUAGAUGCAUAUGUAUAUCUACGUACGUGGAAAGUAGAGAAAAAGAAAAGUAAGGACGAAGGCUUUAUAUACAAUGCGUUGAUAUGCCGACCCGCUGUCCCGUCUGUCGCGAGGGCUUUCUGUAUAUGAAACAUUUUUACGUUGUUAUUUUAUUUGCAUUUUAUUGUAUAUGAACCGAAGUAUGUAGAUAUAUCGUGCCUUUUGUAUAUUGUAUAUUUGUAUAUAGAAAUAUUUUAUAUGAGUUAUUGCAUUAAUGUAGGAUAUCAACAUGGAGAAUAAAUAAAACCUUGUGAAACACAGACGCCAUCGCACUUUGGCGAUAUUCUUCGCGGAUUUGGAAUCGAUCUAUGGCUUUGCAGGGAGUAACGCGGUAAUUCGUAAUUUCGCUGUAUUGCCCUUUAUUGGUAUUCAUAGAUCGGCGCGUAAACGUGACAAUAGCGUUUAUACAGAAACGGAAAUCGUAGGCGUAUACUUUGUAUAACUUAUAUAGGCUGAGAAUGCACAUUAUUUACACGUAUGCAAAAAAUAGGUAAUAAUUCCUCUCUUAACGGGCCCAUCGAGAUUCCGGGACUCUGGGCCCCAUCCUUCACGAUGGGGGUUUACACUUUGAAAAUUAUAAACGUCUAUGUAUAUAUUUAUAUAUAUAUAUAUCAUCCCGACGAAGGUCAGGUCUUCGCCUAAACAUCACAUUGGCAAAUAUCCGUAGCCGUUAAUUGUAUAUUCUUUAUAUUAUAUUUUAAUGGUUAGCUUAGCUCUCUUAUAUGUUACAACGAUAUUUACAAGUCUUUUCGAUUAACGUGCUGUCGGAAGAAUACGCAUCAAGGAUUUCUCAAUUUCGCUUUACGAGUGGUUACGAUAUGCAUACUUUUUUUGAUUCAAACAAGUUACAAGGAAAUAAAAACACUUUAACGGGGUGUUAUACGGUCGACCGUUUCUGGUUCUUGUAUACUGUGCGGGAAAUAUUUGUACCCCCGAUGAUGAGAUUUUGCUUGUUAUAUUUUUGUGACAUAUACUUUCAUUAAUUGCGCAGUACAAUUUUACGGAACGAUC